GUGGGGAAUAGAGAGAGAGGAAGAGAAGAAGGACAAAGCGCAAAAACAAAAAAAAAAACAUUUUGCUUGAUGGUCUCUCAAUCUUCCGUUACCACCGUGGUUACCAAUCACCGCUCCGACGGCGACUUCACCUCCACUGCCACUUCCACUGGAGGAGAUGAUGGCCGUAAGUCCAGGAUUGACGAGGCCGCUAGCUAUGGAUGUGUCACGACGAUUACUGCCACGAGCAUGGCAUACUUGCCCCACACUGUGGUGCUCUGCGAGCUUAGACAUGGCGUUUCCGAUGCGGCUGCGUCCUUCGAUAUCCUCCAAUCCCCCAGAUGGCGCCUUAGAGAGCGAAUGAAAACAAGAUGUGUUGCUCUGGUUUUGUGUUUGAACAUUGGUGUUGAUCCCCCGGAUGUUAUCAAGAUUUCUCCAUGCACAGGACUUGAAUGCUGGAUAGAUCCCUUUUCUAUGUUUCCCACAAGAGCUCUUGAGGCAAUUGGCCAAAACUUGGGCAUUCAGUACGAGACAUGGCUGCCAAGGGCUCUGUAUAAGGUGGAAUUGGAUCCUACCAAGGACCAUCUCCGGAAGCUGUGCUUGUCUUGUCGGAAAAACGCAAAGUCUGAGAGAGUUUUGUUUCACUAUAAUGGGCAUGGUGUACCCAAACCUACACCCAACGGUGAACUCUGGGUAUUCAAUAAGAAUUUCACGCAGUACAUUCCCUUGCCAGUCAGCGAGCUUGAUUCUUGGCUGCAGACACCCUCCAUUUAUGUUUUUGACUGCUCUGCUGCUAGGGUCAUUGUUAAUGCCUUGGCAGAGCUUCAUGAUUGGGGCUCUUCUGGACCCUUGAAGGACCGCAUCAUUCUGGCCGCUUGCGAUGCACACGAGACUCUUCCUCAGAGUGUUGAAUUUCCAGCUGACGUUUUUACUUCUUGCCUCACCACACCUAUUAAAAUGGCAUUGAAAUGGUUCUGCAGACGUUCUCUUCUCAAGGAAACUAUAGAUGAAUCACUUAUCGAUAGAAUCCCGGGCCGCCAAAAUGACCGUAGAACAUUGUUAGGAGAGCUAAACUGGAUCUUCACUGCAGUCACAGACACCAUUGCCUGGAAUGUGCUUCCUCGCGUUAGUUUUACCCCACAGAACUUUUCCAGAGAUAAUCCAGACAGGACUUGUUGGUCGCUAGCCUUUUCCGAAAUUUCUUACAUGCUGAGAGGAUAA